UAGUGACACGUCACUGACAGUUUAUGUAACCUAAAAAAUAUGUCCAAACGACACGUUUUAAUAACUGGCUUGCCUGGUGUUGGAAAGACGACGAUCGUGAAGAAGCUUUGCAAGGAAUUGCAAACACCAAUAUCCGGUUUCUACACCGAAGAGGUUCGUGAUUCUAAAAAUGUCCGGAUCGGCUUCGAUGUGGUCUCAGUGGAUGAGUCCACCAGAGGAGUACUAGCGAGAAUCUCUGAUCCCAACAAAAACAGCAAAUAUACCAUUGGAAAAUAUCAAGUGUACCUGACCGAAUUUGAAGAUUGUGCUCUGCUGCAACUGCAAGGACCAGAUCUCUUGGUGAUUGAUGAAAUUGGUAAAAUGGAAAUGUUCAGUUCCAAGUUCAAGCACGAAAUUGAACUAUGCUUUAAACAGGAUAGGAUUGUCAUAGCAACAGUUCCACUGAAAUGCAAUAUAACUUUGGUUGAACAGUUGAAGAAAAGGGAAGAUUGUCAAUUGUUUACUGUUGAUAAACAGAAUAGAAAUCAUAUAUUUCAGGAGAUCCUGCAAUUUAUAAAGAAAAUAAAUAUUUAGAA